UAAUCGAAUUUGAGAAGCCGAACGAUUGAAGUAAAAAAUACAGAAUUUUCGUGCAAUAAAAAUAUUUUUUUCCUGUUUAAUGAAUGCUCAUUAACAUUCACACGCUGCGCGCAGCUUACUUAUCACAAAGUCGAAACGAGAACCUAAUCAAAUACUUGCUUCGUCUCCGGAGACGCCCAUAACAGAUUAGCGUUGACCGGUAAAGUGUCUGGAACAGAUUUUUUGCAUUGUCGGAAGAAUUAUUUUCAGAAAACGAACUAAGCUUAAUUUUAUUUAAAACAAUUAAAUCGAAUAUUUAUGUAUUUUAUAUCGAUUUUAUAUAUUACCAUCUUUAUUUGGCUAGCAGCUGUGAGCGGACAAGGCAGCGUCUGUGACAAUGCGGUGGGUGAAUGUAAAGAGCUGCAAUAUUGUCCUGACAUUUUCACCCACCUUGCAACCAUGGAUACCAGUUCGAUACCUUUUUGCAACAAAGUAUUUGGCAUAGUUUGCUGUCCUCGGCCGGGGAUUGCAUUGGAUACACGUUUGGGAAAUAGCGAACCAACCACUUAUGCAGAAAGGGCUUGUUUCGAGUAUCAGAAGUUAGCGCCCCGCUUUUGUCCACAAGCACUGAUAUAUGGUGGCGAAAGGGCCGCGCCAAAGGAAUUUCAAUCGAUUGCGUUGCUGGGAUCGAAGGACCAGGCCAGCGGCCAGAUAGAGUGGCAAUGUGGCGGUACUUUGAUAAGUGAGCGCUUUGUAAUUUCCGCGGCACAUUGUUGGCGACGCAAAAUUAAUGUCGUACGACUGGGUGAACUAGAUCACAGCACUACAACCGAUGGCACUCAAACCCAAGAUUUUACCGUGCGCAAUGCUAUUGUACAUCCAAUGUAUUAUUUUGAGCGUUACAAUGAUAUCGCAUUAGUUGAAUUGGAUCGCGAUGCGACACUGAAUGAGUAUGUCCUGCCCGCCUGCUUGCCCUCAAAGGAUGCGAUAUAUAAAAGCUUCACAGCUGUUGGUUGGGGUGAAACUGAAAAAAAGAUAUCAUCUACGCAUUUGUUGAAGGUGAAAUUAGAUUUGUUUGCCGGAGAUGAGUGUACAGCAUCUGUGACGGCCCAGUCAGAGUUGGAAUGGGGCGUAAGGGUGCGGACGCAAAUUUGUGCUGGUAGUCAUCAGAGUGGCUUCGAUACGUGCUACGGUGACUCCGGUGGACCAUUGUAUGUGCCACAUCCGAGUUAUCCUUGUAUGCUGCAGUUGGCCGCGAUAACUUCCUUUGGAUACGAGAUAUGUGGCACUGCCGACAUUCCGAGCAUUAAUACGAAGGUAAAUUUGUAUCUAGACUGGAUUGAGAAUGUGGUGUGGAAUGCCACAACAUCUUUAUAGGAACGUUCCUUAUUGUCUACUUAUUGUGUACGGAAGUAUGUACAUAAGAGUGCCUCGCGGGUUUUCCGUCGGAAUUAUUAAAACUAUUAUAUUUAAAAACUUUCGCUAAGAUUUCCGUCAGCUGCAGUUCAUCUCUGGCAAUCGCCAUGCCAAAUUUUUGUCGCUACAAUUCUCUAAAUGAAAAGCAGUGUGUAAUCAGCCAAAUCUGGCAGAAUGGGGGGCAUGUAACUAGAUGUUGCGCGUUGCGUGUUGCGUGAUCAAAAUUAGCGAUAGCAAAUGUUGGAAUCCGCUGCUGGAACAAUUUGAAAAUACCUCUGAAAAUCAAGUUUUUUUAUAAAUAAAAGUACUUUCUAAAAUU